AGUAACUCGGUACUGCAGACAUUUUUCCAUGCUCGGUAAAGUAGACGUGGCAAUGACGUCAGUACCGGAAAUGACCCGGAUCGGAACUUUAACUCCUGGGUAUACUAGUCUUCACCAGAAACACCGACGGGUCUGAUAAUAUGUUGCGAUACCGAUUCAGACAUGAAUGAUAACCACCUUUCGAUGUGAAUUUGUCCGUACACCGCGAGGUCUUAGUAUUUAUCAAUCAGACAGACCCCAGGAGGAAGAACCGGCUGCCCGGGUGGUGUUUGAUCUAUAGCGGGCAGGUGACUCACUAUCAGCGGCAGCAUGACGUGCCGUGACCGGACACUCGAGUUCCAGUCAGCGUGUAAAUCUCUCCAGGGCAGACAGCAGAAUGGAGUCCAGCCCAGUAAACCAGCGCUCAGUGCCCUCAGGCAGCGCAGUGACUUUACAGUUAUGGCCAAGAGAAUUGGGAAAGACUUGAGCAAUACAUUUGCCAAACUGGAAAAGCUCACAAUUUUGGCAAAAAGAAAAUCUCUGUUUGAUGACAAGGCGAUAGAAAUCGAGGAGCUGACAUACAUCAUUAAGCAGGACAUUAACAGUCUAAACAAACAGAUAGCACAGCUGCAGGACUUGGUGAGGUCCCGUGGAGCUCCAGGUGGCCGACACAUUCAGACCCACUCAAACACUAUAGUGGUGUCAUUACAGUCCAAGCUGGCAUCGAUGUCCAAUGACUUCAAAUCAGUCCUAGAAGUCAGAACAGAGAACCUGAAGCAGCAGCGCAGCAGGAGAGAGCAGUUCUCCCAGCCUCCGGCGUCGUCUUCUCCUCUCAUGGCCAACAACUUCAGGAGCCGCAAAAAAGGGGCCCAGGAGCCGCAUGCAGCUCGUGAGCCGCGCAAUGACUACCAGGGCUAUACAACCGCAAAUUACAAAGAUGGCUCGGUCCUGAUGCAGGAAGAGUCCCGGAGCCGGGGGGAUGUUGCUAUCGAUAUGGACUCUCCAAGUAAUCCUUUGCAGCUUCAGCUUAUUGAUGAGCAGGACUCGUACAUCCAGAGCCGUGCAGAUACCAUGCAAAACAUCGAGAGCACCAUCGUGGAACUGGGUUCCAUAUUUCAGCAGCUGGCGCACAUGGUCAAGGAGCAAGAGGAGACCAUCCAGAGGAUCGAUGCUAACGUGGAGGACACCCAGCUGAACGUGGAGGCUGCCCACACAGAGAUCCUCAAAUACUUCCAGUCGGUCUCCUCCAACCGCUGGCUGAUGAUCAAGAUCUUUCUGGUCCUCGUGGUCUUCUUCAUCAUCUUUGUCGUCUUCUUUGCUUAAAGGAAUGAGGAGCGGGGAAACGGUAUCGAAUGAGGGAGAAUAUAAUUAAAGCUAGACUAAGAGGAUGUA